UUAAAAAUAAAUAAUAAAAAAAAAAAUAUAAAACAAUUUUCGUAUGCGAAGAAUUCAAUGCUGUUGACGUUAAAUUAUUUAGGAGAACAACAAACACCCGUUUAGCUGUUUAUUAAAUGAAACGAGCAAUCACGAUGAAUAUUUUGGAAUUUUAUUUGCUACAAAUGUUGGCUUUUAUGUUCGGACCCAGCCUGGCCUUGAAGAGCUCAUCAGCAUUCGCUUAUUCAUCAAUAACGUCAUCAUCGUGCGGGCCGAAUUUUCCCAACAGUUGUUGGUGCGGUCACGAGGAAUACGAGUUAACACUGCAGUACAUUGUUAAUUGCACUAAUGCCGGGCUGCGGAAUACAAGCGUUUUAGAAUUUAUGCCUGAUGAGGUGCAAAUUCUCAUCUUCACUGGUAACAAUAUACCCGAAUUACCCUGGAAUGUAUUCGGUUCGAUAAAUAAUUAUAAGAAAUUGAAAAUAGUCGACAUGAGUAACAAUCAUAUACGCGAAAUACGUGGAAAAUCGUAUCAUCAUGUGCAGAACGUGGAACGUUUAAUAUUAAAUCAUAACAAUUUGAGUAUAUCACGCGAUGACGACGAAGUGAAUCAUCAUCAUCCUCGAGUCUUCUCCAAUUUCCUCAAUUUGCAAAGUCUUCAUCUAACGGACGCUUUCGAUGACAACACUUCGCCGCAGCUAAGCGAAGAUUUGCAUGACAUAUUCAUGAAUAGCCAGUUGGUGAAAUUGCAGAAAUUGCAUUUGGAACAGAACGAGAUUACAAACUUUAAGGAUCGCCGUGUUUUUUGCGAUUUACCCAAUUUAAGGGAUCUGCAUUUGGGUGAUAAUUACCUAAAGGAUAUCAAUUUCGAGGUCCAUUGUUUAAAGAAUUUACGUUUCUUAGAUCUGGAAAGGAAUAAAUUUGAAUUUGUUAAGACCCAUGAUCUAAUGUUACUCAAUGAAUUGAACGAAUUACCGAAUCGAACCACCGAACUGGUUGUCGACUUUAAUCUUAAUCCAUUCGUUUGCGAUUGCAAGAUCAGUUCUUUUCGCACUUGGAUUGAUUCAACGAACGUAACCGUACGUAAUAAACAGGCCUUGAUGUGCUAUCAAAAUAAAGUCGAUCCCUUACCAAUUACGGAAUUGGAUAUGUCGGAAUGUGCUGCCGCUGUCGCGGCCGCGACAAUUAUGUUUAAUACUGCCACUCAAGAUCAUUACAGUUUAUCAAUGCACAGCCAGAAUGGUAUGGCUCGACAUACUGCAACUUUAAUAUUCCUGUUAAUCGUUUUAAGUAUGAUUCUGUUGGGCUUAGUCGUCGCAUUGAUUUACGUAAGUCGUGACAAAUUGAAAUUUAUGAUUACACCGGUAUUCGAUAAUGUAGCCAAAAAGGUCCAAUAUACCUCGAUUAAGGAUGAAGAUUGCCCCGAGGUACAUGUCUAGAGUUAAUUCAUUAGGAACUUUAAUGCGAUUACGCUGACGAACAUGGCCCACAUAUCUGUUCCAUCUUAAUCAUAUAAUACUUUUUAAUCAUAAUACUAUCUAUGUAAAUGAAAAUCCAAAACAAAACAAAAUGUACAUUAGUAUGAAUUCCCAUAUAAUAGAACAAGAAAACAAACAAACAAAAAAAAAAAAAAAACACUUUGUGCCAUUAAGUGAGAUAUAAGAUUUAAAAAAAAGAAGUUAAAGUAAAAAUAUGUCUUUUCUGUUUAAAUCCCUCCGACCUAUAUAUGACAUCAAAAAAUCACACAUAUCGUAUAUCACACUGGAAGUGUUUUACAACAAAUUAAGGCUGAUGUCCUUUUCUAAUCAUUUCCAAUUUAUUAUGUUAUUACGAAUUAAUUCAUUGUAGAGUCAAAGAAAAAAAAAAAAAUACUUUUCGUCCGCUUAAGCCCGAUCCAUAAGCACACACCAUUGGAGUACGAUAAUUUAUCGCAAAGUUACUUUCAUUCUGUAUAUCCCUCUAACCAUGAAAUAAUAUUUUUCCGAGAUUUGACUGCACUUUUUUCCAACAACUCAAAACAGUGUCUGUGUUCUUAUGCCAUUGCGCUUAAAUAAGAGGCUUGUUAGUAGGAGGCGAUUACUUUGCCGAAUUCAGUUGAUUUCCGAAUUUCGACCGAGAGAAAGAAUGAAAAAUUAUUUCAUAUCAAAGCUCUAAGAUCGUAGCAAUGAUUUAAACGACAUGACGAAUCACACGCAGACCUUAUUCGAGAAAUGUUUAAGGCGAGUCCCUUAAUCACUAACUACGCACAUGUUGUAGGAUAAAA